GAGGAGCGUCCAGUGUGAGCAAAGGGCCCGCGGCAUUCAGAGCCGUGCAGAGGGAGCUUGACUCGGGUUUCAGAGACGCGUACUGACGACUGACCUGCAGCAAAACGUGUGAUCGCUCAGAGGAGAAGCAGCGAAUGGCACAGACGGAGCGGAGCGCAGAGGAAUAAGAGAAGCACAGACAUCACUGCUUGGUGACUAACUAAAGCAUGUACAACUUUGGUUUAGUGACUCAUCGAGUGCAGGAUCGUAGUUUGAAGAUAGUUUAAAGAAGAAAGAGUCCUCUAUUUUACUUUUGCGCAGCUGAAACAUAGCCCUCCGUGUGGAUAAAACUAAAGUUAGACGUCUGAAAUGGAAGAGGGUCUGCAACGGGGAGUCAUCGGUAAACCAGGAGAGGAGAGGAGGACGUGUGGGGAGCAGCAAGAGCAACCUUCAAAACAGCCACCGUGGAGAAACUGGAAAGAUUUAUCCGGCCUUACGAUAUGCAUUGCCGUGGCCGUGCUGUGUCUCGGAGGUUGCAUUGUGGUUUUUGUGCGGACCUCGGAGUUGCACUCCAGGAUAGUGAGUCUGGAGCAGCAGCGGGACGCGCAGCUCUCUGGGUGGAUGUUGUCUCUGGAGCAGGUGGAGCCCGUUAUCCUGGGUCGACUGGACCAGAUUCUUGAGGAGAAGCUCGCAGCACGCCUCCCAAAGACGCGGGAGCAAAGGGAAGCUCCUCACAGCUGCCUGUGCCCCCCAGGACCUCCAGGUCCUCCUGGACGAGCGGGCUUUCCGGGUGACAAAGGAAGUAUGGGAAUUCCUGGGAGAAUGGGCUUAAAGGGACACGCAGGGGAGAAGGGAGCACCAGGCGAACCAGGCCUGUCCAUCAUUGGACCAAGAGGACCUCCUGGACAACCUGGUACAAGAGGAUUUCCAGGCUUUCCAGGUCCUAUAGGGUUGGAUGGCAAGCCUGGGCAGAAUGGACUGAAGGGAGACAUGGGUCAGCGUGGUCCUAAAGGAUUCCCAGGGGAACCAGGACCCAAAGGGGAGAAGGGUGUAUGUGGCGACUACACACAUCGGGGCCUCUUUGUGCAGGAUCUUCCUCUGAAAACCCUGGCUGCCAUGCGCUCCAGUCAGGCACUGACGUUGAAGAUGUUGCCCAUCACUGUGCGCAACAUGCCCUCAAUAAGCCCUCUAAUCUUAAAACGCCUGAAGCAGGGCGAGCCUGGAGCGCAGGGACCCCCAGGACCUCCAGGACCUCCUGGACUUCCAGGGAGCCCGGGUCUAGAUGGGGCCAGUGGCUCACCGGGUAAGCCUGGGGAGCCGGGCAAGCCAGGGAAAGACCCAAGGCUUUUACCAGGAUUGAAGGGUGAGCCUGGUGUACCAGGACAAAAGGGUGAUCGGGGAGAUGUCGGCCCUCCAGGUCCAGAAGGCCCAAAGGGAGAUGAAGGAAAGAGGGGUAUCCCAGGAGAGAGUGGACAGAAGGGAGAGCCAGGUAUCCCAGGUGCUCCUGGGUUAAAGGGUCAGGCUGGCAUCCCUGGUACCCCUGGCAUCCCUGGCAAGAGGGGCUAUAGGGGGGAGAAGGGAGAGCCAAGCGUAGCAGCCAAGGUAAUGAAAGGAGAGCCAGGUUCACCGGGACUGCCAGGCCUAACGGGACCCAAGGGUGACAAAGGCGACCAAGGCCUCAAGGGUAUGGAAGGCCCAGCUGGACCCACAGGUCCUCCAGGGAUAAAUGGAGAGCCAGGAAAGGCUGAAAUCCAGAACAAUGAAAACGACAUCCGCAACAUACCCCUGAUGGGUCCGCCUGGAUUACCUGGACCUCCAGGCAUCCCUGGAGUGCCUGGUACCAAGGGUGAAGUUGGUCUACCAGGUCCUCCAGGUCUGGAUGGAGAGAAGGGGCCCAGAGGGAAACCAGGAGAGCUCGGUCCAGCAGGUCCAGUUGGUCCUGAGGGGCCUAGAGGACUGGCUGGUGUCAUGGGUUCCCCGGGACCUAAGGGAGACAAGGGAGACAUGGGUCCAUCUGGAUCACCUGGUUUAGAUGGCCCUACGGGUGAAAAGGGGGCUACAGGGUCACCUGGCCCCAUUGGAUUACCUGGCGCAAUGGGUUCUAAAGGUGAACCGGGGGAUGGAGGAAGGUCAGAAAUGGUCUAUGGACCCCCAGGGCCCCCAGGACCUCCCGGACCAGUUGGCCCAGCAGGAUCUCAAGGACCUUCAGGGCCUAAGGGAGAGCCGGGAAUGGGUGUCAGAGGAGAAAAGGGAGCGACAGGUCAGAAGGGAGAUAAGGGAGACAGAGGACAUCUUGGACUCCCUGGGGCUCAUGGGUUAGACGGCAGACCGGGUCCAGUGGGUCUAAUAGGACCAGCUGGUUUGCCAGGGCCGGCUGGACCAAAGGGAGAGAGAGGUGAAAAGGGAGAUGCUGGAUUACUGGGACCAAUUGGGCCACAAGGCAUCCCUGGUUUAGUUGGACCACAAGGACUCAAAGGAAAUCGGGGAGAGAGGGGCAAGAAAGGCAACAGGGGGGCCAAAGGGGAUAAGGGAGACCAAGGAGCACCUGGAUUAGAUGCCCCCUGUCCAUUGGGAGAUGAUGGUUUACCUGUACCAGGGUGUUGGAAUAAAGGUCAACAUCCUUUCCAACUGGCUAAGAAGUAGGGCUACUGGAAACCGUCUCCUGAAGUGACAGAAAGGAAACUUGAAGACAUUUGAAGGAAUCUUUGAGUUUUUGCCCAAACCUGGAGUUGGCAUUUCAACAUUUUUCCAGAAGGCUGGACCUAGGGCCAGUAGUGUUGGAGGCUCCGGUUGCAGUGCACAGUAAGCACAGUAACUACAAUAAGACUGGAAAGCAGAGACCUUGCACCACCCUGCACGCAGUCACCGAAGCCUUUCUGGACACAACAACCUAGUCUAUUUUACUCCUAGUGAAAAUGGGGCAUGGACACUAGCUAUUUCUUGUGUUCAGUGUGAAACAUUAUUAUAACUGUGACAACAAAGUUUUCAGAGCAGCUCACAGAGCAGAGAGACGCCAUGUGUUUCCAUGACAAACCAAAAGAACAAAGGGAGACCCUCUUGAUGAUUCCUUAUUGAUAUUAUCUAACUCACUGCCUUUUCAAAAUCCUUUACCUGCAGCUAUGACAUUAUGUUUGAAUGAUUGUGCUGUAUAGAGAAUACAGCAAAACAUAAUAUGCGUAUUUGAUAUUUUUCACUUUUUUUAUUGAGGUGUGUUAGGACACCAAGGUUCAGUGCUGUAUUUGUAAUUAUUGUACAAAAUAAGACACAUAAUUGUAUGUGGAAAAGUACUCUAAAUAGAGUUCUUUCAUGAAACAAUUGUUAAGUAUUGAAUAAGCAUCAAAAGCAGUACUCAGUAUGCUGAUUAUACACAGAUGACUUGAAGAUGAACUGUUUCUUGAUGCAUUUGCAAUUUGUGAAUAUUUUGGGCCUUCUUGUUAACAAGACUUUACCAUUUUCACACUUGCAUUCUCUACGUAUACUGUCUUUGUUAUAUGCAGUAGGAUAUAGUGUAUCUAAAAAGGUGUUUUUAUUUUUUUUGAGUCAGAUGUUGGCAUUUUUCAUAUUAUUUAUUUCUCAUAUCUCCGAAAUUUAAUUCAUUUAUAGACAAAAAACACCGCUGUCAAAAUAUGUAAUCUCUCUGUACAUACAGAUUUAACUAAUCACCUUAGCCAGUGUUUUAUAUGAAAAAAUAUAUAUGUAACUUUCCAGGUUUGAUUGAAAAUCAGAUUUAGAAAAGCAUUCCUUGUACUUUAUUAUUUGUUUGUUGAAACUUGAGUUUUUGAGUUGACUUCAGUUUGAAAAUGAUAAAUUCUUUAUAAUUCUUCUCA